CUUGAACCAAGUUGCAGCUAUGUAGCUUAGCUCACCGUGGACAAGUCGACGCCGAUAUGUGCAGACAUGUUAACAGGCCUACUCCUUUAUUUGCCUCUUGUUCACUGUACGCCUCCACUUGACCUGUAAUGAUCCUCAAACUACCUUUAAUUUGCCUGAAGCGUGUCUCCUCAGGCUGUGGACUACAAUGCCGACCAAACAAUUACGGCGACGACAUGCUACAGCAGGUGUUUGUGACCGCUUUGUUCCGAGAGGCCCAGACGCUGUGGACAGGUUGGCAUUCAAAUACAUGGAGAUGUGUAAAGUGGAUUCAAGCUCAGACUCGGAGUCAGACGUAAGCCCACGAUGGUCCGAUGCUAGCAGUAAGUCUUUACAGCUUUGCACAAGUCUUAAGAGGCCUGCUUUACCACAAAAGCCGUUUGGACGGCACUACCAACAAUCCUUGGACCCAUAUGAUGGAAGCUCAGAAGACUCCACUUCCUCCACUGAUUGUUCAAAAAGACAGAAAAAUGGGGGCUUCAGAACGAAAGGGAGAGGUCGCAGAGCGGCCCCCCAUCCUGCACCGCUCCUCGAAGUGAGGAGGCCAGGGUCAAGAGAUGGUGUGGCCAUAGUGCAUAAUGCAGAUGUCCAAAUGAGGUCAUCAAGUGACUCAGAGCUGAAGGCCAUUAAUCAGGGGGACUUCCUUCCUAGAGCCAGAAAAUGUGCCAAUGGUGAGAUUCUAGAGAAACACCCUCUCUACUCCUCUGUAGUUCCAUUUGGUAGAGAGACAUCAUUUCAACUAACAGAUGACUUACUCAAGAGCCCCACCCACCCUGGGACACUUUCAAAAAGGAAGUUGUUUGGCACGUUAGGUGAUUCUGAGGAAUACAUGCACAGAAAGAAGCAGUGUAUCACUCAAAUGGAGACUGAGACCAUUUUCCCAGAGGGAUAAGGCAAAGUGUCUGAAGAACACUGCAUGCUGACACACAAGACUGUAAUGGGGAACCUUUCCUGUAGGAAGUGUUCUAUCAGGGCAAGUGGAAAAUUGUUGCAAGGAAGUGGAUUUAGAACCUCAAGCACUACGAAGUGAAUUCUUUUUUUAGUGCACUUUCUGUACUCCAGAAGCUGCCAACUUAAGGUUUAGGAUGGUGCUUCACAGUCCUUGUAACUGGAGUCUCUAAAAUAUGUGCUACACAUUUUUCUGGCUUUCAAUACAACAGCUAUUUAACAAGCCUGCCAUGAGUUUAAAAUAAAUAUAUUAGAGCAGGGGGAAAAAAAAUACAUAGCGUGCUACUCCAUGUGUACUAUUUAUCAGAUUAGGAGUAAUGUUUUCUUUGAAUUCACUUAUAUACACUGAUCAGGCAUAACAUUAUGACCACCUC